AUGAUUAACAAGAACCAGUGUCAGACUGGUAUUGCGUACCGGCCUGAAAUGUCCCUGAUCAGGCUGGCUGUCAGAAUAGGUGGCAGUCUUGGCGCUUCGAGUUAUCGACGAGAACUCAACAAGAAGAGGUUUCAAGAAGAUUAUUUUCGUUACAAAGUUGCUACGAUUAGUAGUACCUAUAUUCCUACAAGCAAAAGCCAGGUCAUCUUUACUCAGAAGGAGGGCAACGGAAAAGAGAAGCUGUUUAUUGACGAGGUUUUAUACAACGGUAGCUCCUGGACAUACAGGCUACGAAGGGGUGAUACGAAGGGGGAGGGUGUGUUGAAAAAUUCUUUCGCCGAGACGGAUCUGAGCGAAAAGGCGUCAGUCAGAUGA